GGAUGAUUUGUGUCCUUGAGAGUGCGCUACGUUCGAAUUUUGCCGGCAAAAUGGAAAGCAGUGUCUGACGAUAAGAAUCAGGAUGUUUGACAUAGAUGCCAAACUACUAGAACAGUUUAGUGCACUUGGUACAACAGACAAGGAUGAGUUAAUAAAUCAACUAAAAGCAGUUGUUGGGAAUGAGCUAUCUAACGAGUCGUGUCGGUUUUUCUUAGAAUUGGCCGACUGGAACCUACAACGUGCAAUCGGUGCUUACUUUGAUUUCAGUUUUGAGGGUUCCGCACCAGUUAGUUGUGCAUCGAAUUACCCACUCACUUCCGUGAGUGUUUGCGAAUCAUCUACGAAUGUGGACUGCAUGCGUAUAGAUUCUGAAGUUGUGGUAAACCAAAGACAAUUUGAUGCACGGGUAUGGCCAUCACCUUAUGAUGUUCCGGAACUUGGUGGGUUUAUCAAAGUAACUGUCGAGAACUGCGGUUCUUGUUCCUGGCCUGAAGGAACGUUCCUACGGUCUGAAAUAGACCAUGAUGUUGCUCGACUAAACAGCUUAUCUGCAGAUAACAGUGAAGUUCUAUGGCUUCCAAUCGGUGUAGAUGGCAGAAUUCCUAUUCUUCCAAUUCCUCCGCGUCAAAUUAUAGACCUAACAUUAAAUAUCACUCCUCCAAACCUCCAGCUAACUUACCAAUGCCCUGUCGUCGGGGCGUUGUCCUUCUGUCUACCCAAUGGCGAUAGGUUUGGGGAAAUUGUUUACUGCACUGCCGUGCCUGAUUUGGAACAUAUGACUUGGAGGUAUCAAAGAGGCAUAUUAGCAAGCACCAUGAGCGCUGGACGGAGUAGCCCUAUGGUUUUAGAAGACGUUUAAAGACGAAAUAUCUGCGGGAUCCAACUGUGAUAGUAUCUCCGUGUUUAACCUGCAAACUUGUCCAUAAUACUUAUUUUCUUGACUCUAAUCUCCAGGUAUUCGUGCCAAUAUUUAUUUUCGUUACCAAAAUGAUUCUCUUUAUUCUUCAGACGUAGUAAAUGUAUUUAACUUAGCCCACGCUAGUCGGUAUACAUAAUUAAUAACUGAUGUGCGAACCUCAUAUAAAAAUUGUCAAAAAUGGUUUAUUGCUUUUGUAAAAAGAGUUGUUAAUACGUUUAUUUUUCUAAGCGUAGUAGACUAUUACAGAAAAAAAAUCAAGAUUACAUAUUAAUGAUCAUUCAAAAAAUCGGGGUGAACUGCUUCACGAUGCAUUCGCAAAGCAGCAGAAAGACUUGAUUGAAAUAAUAAAAAAGACAGCAGCCAGGAUUUAGCAAUUACAGGUUAAUCUAGGUUAAAAACUGGAUUAGGCUUGUAGGUAAAGUGUGAGUCAAAGCAUACAAAAUAUGGAUGUGUGAUGGAUUCGAGCUUGCAAAAAUUGAGUAAUAAUAAAAAUGAUAUUCCUGUUAGAAAUUUUUGUGAAACUGAACAGGCGGACAGAAAUAUUUAUGAUAAUAAUUGUCCGGCUUACUCGAUGGUUUUUAGCUCCGUCAUGAUUGAUGCUAGAUGUUAAGUUUUUCCGUUCUUAUUCCUUUUUUCCAAGACUCUCUCGUGCUGCACGAAUAAGCGGUCCAAGCGAAGACAAGCUCCCUGCAUGCUUAAAAAAAUCGUGGUUAAGCAGUUCCUUUGCAGAAGCUCGUCUUACAGGAUCUACGACUAGACAUCUGUCCAGAAAAUCUUGAAGCAUCGGGUGCAAAUUCUUGGUUUUUGGUCUAGGUUUUCCCAUUGUUUGAAUGAGGUAUAUUGCCUGAGUAAUGCAAAAAUUUUCGUUACUUUAAAAUUGAAAUAGACUUUACAAUAAUCAC